UGUAGAUCUAUUCUUCGUUUUGUCAGUGCCUUGUUCAGUAUGUAUAUAUAUGUCAUAAAACCGGCACAUGGCACAUGGUUGCUGAUGGUGUACGGAAUUACGCGCAGUAUUUACUUAAAUUUACUUUCUUCUAUUAAUACAUAUUGCAAAAAUGGCAGUAGAAAGAAAAGGAACAUUUAAGGUAGAAUAUUUACAAAAAAUUGAGAAAGAUGUACAAGCAAAAUGGGAAGCUGAGAAAGUAUACGAGGAAGAUGCACCUCUCUAUGAUCGCAAAACACAGGAUGAAAAGUUUUUUACAACUUUUCCCUUUCCUUAUAUGAAUGGGAAACUUCAUCUUGGUCAUACAUUCUCAUUAUCAAAAUGUGAAUUUGCAACAAGAUACAAUCGUCUCUUAGGGAAAAAGGUUCUUUUUCCAUUUGGUUUUCAUUGUACUGGUAUGCCUAUUAAAGCUUGUGCUGAUAAAUUAAAGAGAGAAAUGGAUUUAUAUGGUUAUCCCCCAAAGUUUCCAGAGGACCAAGUACUAGAAAGUAUUGUAGAUGAUAUAGUAAUGAAAGAUAAAAGCAAAGGAACAAAGAGUAAAGCACUUGCAAAAACUACUGUUGCCAAAUAUCAGUGGCAAAUAAUGCAAUCAAUUGGUUUAAAAGAUGAAGAAAUAAAGAAUUUUGCUGAUGCUACAUAUUGGUUAGAUUAUUUUCCUCCUCUUGCUGUGCAAGAUUUGAAGUCAAUUGGGCUGCAUAUAGAUUGGCGUAGAACGUUCAUUACAACUGAUGCAAAUCCAUUUUUUGAUUCAUUUGUACGUUGGCAAUUUCAACAUUUAAAGGCUAAAAACAAAGUGAUAUACGGGAAAAGAUAUACAAUCUAUUCGCCGAAAGAUGGUCAACCUUGUAUGGAUCAUGAUAGAUCAACUGGGGAAGGUGUAGGACCACAAGAAUAUACAUUAAUAAAAAUGAAAUUGCUAAAACCUUAUCCUCCGUGUUUACCGUAUGACAAGCCAGUGUAUUUCGUAGCUGCAACUCUGAGACCAGAAACCAUGUAUGGUCAGACAAAUUGUUGGGUUCACCCAGAUAUAUCUUAUAUCGCGUAUACUAUAUCGAAUGGAGAUAUAUUCAUAUCGACAGAAAGAGCAGCUCGAAAUAUGGCUUAUCAAGGUUUCUUUGAAGAAGAAGGAAAGAUAGCAAUUGUGACAAAACUUGUUGGAAAGCAAAUAUUAGGGUUAGCAUUGGAAGCUCCUAUGACUGUGAAUAAAGUAAUUUAUACUUUACCAAUGUUAACUAUUAAGGAAGAUAAAGGUACUGGAAUUGUUACUUCGGUACCUAGCGAUUCUCCUGAUGAUUAUGCAGCUUUAGUAGAUCUAAAAAAGAAACAAGCUCUCAGGGAAAAGUACGGUAUAACUGAUGAAAUGGUGCUACCUUAUGAUCCUAUACCAAUUAUUGAAAUACCAGAAUACGGUAAUUUAGGCGCGGUAACUUUAUACGAUAAAUUAAACAUUCAGUCCCAAAAUGAUAAGACUAAACUAUUAGAAGCAAAAGAGAUAUUAUAUCUGAAAGGUUUUUAUGAUGGUGUAUUACUAGUUGGUAAAUACAAAGGAACGAAAAUUAAAGAUGUUAAAAAACAGAUACAGAAAGAAUUGGUAGAUAAGAAUGAAGCAGUUGUAUAUUAUGAACCUGAAAAGGCUGUAAUAUCUAGAUCGAAUGAUGAAUGUGUAGUAGCCUUAUGCAAUCAGUGGUAUUUAGAUUAUGGGGAAGAAAAUUGGAAGAAACAAACAAUGAAAGCCUUAAAUAAUCUUAAUACUUAUCAUGAUGAAGUGAGAAGAAAUUUUCUAGCUUGUCUUGAUUGGUUACACGAAUAUGCUUGUUCAAGAACUUACGGUCUCGGUACCAAAUUGCCAUGGGAUGAAACUUGGUUAAUAGAAUCUCUCUCAGAUUCAACAAUCUACAUGGCUUACUACACAGUAGCUCAUUUAUUGCAAGGUGGAACAUUUAAAGGCGACAAGCCAAACACAUAUAAUAUAAAGGCCAGUGAAAUGACACCGGCAGUAUGGGACUACAUAUUCUUUAAAGAUGCUAAAUUUCCAAAAACAAAUAUUAAGAAAGAAGCAUUAGAUCAUAUGCGACGUGAAUUUUAUUACUGGUAUCCGGUAGAUGUGAGAGUGUCUGGUAAAGAUUUGGUACAAAAUCAUCUUACAUUUUGCAUUUAUAAUCAUACUGCGAUGUGGCCUGAUCAGCCUGAAUUGUGGCCGAAAGGAAUAAGAGCGAAUGGGCAUUUACAGUUAAAUUCGGCCAAGAUGUCAAAAUCAGAGGGUAAUUUCUUAACACUUACUGAAGCCGUACAAAAGUUUUCGGCGGAUGGUAUGCGACUUUGUUUAGCCGAUUCCGGCGAUUCGAUAGAAGAUGCUAAUUUUGUGGAAAGUAUGGCUGAUGCUGGAAUUCUAAGAUUAUAUAAUUUUAUUGAAUGGGUAAAAGAAGUAUUAGCCUCUAAGAAUACUUUUAGACAUGGAGAACCAUGUACAUUUAAUGACAAGGUUUUUGAAAGCGAAAUUAAUUUAAAAAUACGAGAGACGGGAGAGAAUUACUCCAAAAUGUUGUAUAAAGAAGCGCUGAAAACAGGAUUUUUCGAGCUACAAGCAGCAAAAGAUAAAUAUAUACAGUUAAGUACACUGGACAAAGUUAAUUGGACAUUAAUUAUGAAAUUCAUAGAACUUCAAGUUAUUCUUUUGUCUCCCAUUUGUCCACAUGUAUCAGAGUAUAUAUGGAAUCUCAUCGGUAAAGAAGGUAGCAUAUUAAAUGCUAGAUGGCCUCAAGUAGGAGAAAUAGAUGAAAUCCUUAUAAAAUCAUCGCAGUAUCUUAUGAAUACUGCGCAUUCGUUUAGGAUUCUUUUAAAGAAUUAUAUGACGCCAAAGAAACCAAAAGGAAAAACAGAAUCACCAGUAAUAGAUAAACCUACUCAAGGAACAAUUUGGGUAGCAAAAACGUAUCCUCUUUGGCAAAAUACUAUUUUAACUACGCUGAAAAAUUUAUAUCUCGAAAAUGGCAAUAAACUACCCGAAAAUAAAGUCAUUGUCACAGAACUCGGAAAACUUCCGGUAUUAAAGACGCAUAUGAAACGCGUAAUGCCAUUUGUACAAGUUGUGCGAGAGAAAAUGGAACAAAUUGGAUUGAGUGCACUGGAUUUGACAUUAGAUUUUGAUGAAUUCAAAGUUCUUCAAGAUAAUAAACAGUAUCUUGAGAACACUUUAGAUUUGGAGAAUAUUACGAUAAAAUAUACCGAUGAAGCCCCUGAAAAAACGAAAGGAGAAUGUUGUCCUGGCUCUCCUUAUGUAAACUUUUCUACUAAACCUGGCAUUUCUGUGUGUGUUAUGAAUUCACAAAAAUGCAGUGGUUUAUUUAGAACAUCUGUAAAAAUCUCAGAUUCGGAUACUGCAGUAGACGUUAUAUCCAGAAUAUUAAAAGAAAAUAAGCAUAUAAAAGAUUUGUCAUCGAUUGUUCUGUACCGUUAUGAUGAUCCUCUUCUAGGACCUAGAAGUAAGCCUGUUCCCGACGAUGUAUUAAAAGGUAAAACUCAAAUCCCACCUAAUUCUAAGUUCAUUGUCGAUAUGGAAAGUAAGACUAUUAAAGUAAGUAUGGAAAACAACGUGUAUGAUGUAGGUAAUGAACUUACAUACAUUAAUCAAUCAAUACAGAAUUAAUAUAUACAUA